GCCGCUGCCGGCGGGAGGGGCAGGGAUGUGAGCGGCCGGGCCGGCUUGGCUCCCCCUCCCUUUUUUAUUUUUUUAUUUUUUUUCCUCAGGAAAAAAAAAAAAAAAAAAAAAAAAAAAGCCAACCACCCAAACCAACCGACCAACCCCAAAAAACCCUGAGGGCGUGGGGGGUGGGGGGAUCCCGUGUCGCCGCCGCCACCCUCCGCUGGAUCUAUUGUCAGGGAAGGAGGAAAUUGCCAUCCGCCGGCAGCGGCGGCACAUCUGGGCGGGCACAUCUGGGCAUGCAACAUCGGCUGCCGGCGCCCGCCUGCUCCGUCCUCCUGCCGGCCGCGCGGAACGCUGCGGGGCGCGGAGAGGCUGCCGCUCGCCCGCCGCCGGGUCCAUAAUUCGGGACCGAACGUAGAACCGGGGGGUGGGGGGGGGGCUGGGGAUAAAGGCUGCUUUUUUCUUCUUCCCCUGGGAUCUAUUCCAUGGGGAUGUGUUCAAGACAAGAGAGGAUUCAGAAGGAUAUUGACGUUGUGAUCCAAAAGUGCAAGGCGGAGAAGGACUGCCUGUUUGCAGAUUUCAGGUACUCAGACUCCACCUUUACCUUCACCUACAUUGGAGGCUCCAAAAGUGUAUCCUAUUCAGUGCAUGUCUCUGAGGACUACCCAGAUAACACUUACGUUUCCAGUUCUGAUAAUGAUGAAGAUGUAUUAGUUACAACAGAGCCAAUUCCAGUAAUUUUCCACCAGAUUGCUACAGAAUUAAGAAAAACCAGUGAUGUCAACUAUUGCUUAUCCAUUAAAGCAAAAUUACAGAGGGAGAAUGGAGAGGAGUCACAGCACAACAGCACACUUGAAGAAGACUCUGAAGGAGAUAACGAUUCUGAGGAAUUUUAUUAUGGAGGCCAGGUUAGCUAUGACGGAGAACUUCAUAAACACCCACAGCUGGAAGCUGAUUUGACAGCAGUGAGAGAGAUCUAUGGACCUAAUGCAGUAUCUCUCAGGGAAUAUGGAGCCAUUGAUGAUGUAGAUAUUGAUCUGCAUAUUGAUGUUAGCUUUCUUGAUGAAGAGAUUGCUGUUGCUUGGGAUGUAAUUCGCACAGAGCCCAUAGUGGUGCGAUUGCACUGUUCACUUACACAGUACUUAAGUGGUCCAGUGCCAACUGUGGAUGUAUUUCAGAUCUCUACUAAGGAAAGAUUUGGUCUGGGACAUCAGCUGAAAAAAAUCAUGCAGACAUUUGUAACACAGCAGUGGAAGAAUAGCAAAGAGAAAUCUAAUUGUACGCACAAUAAGAAGUUAUCCGACAAAAAGGUGAAAUCCCCUCUGCACAUCUUUUCUACAUUGCGCAGGUCGCCAAGUUAUCCUCCACCUGGCUGUGGUAAAAAUAAAUCAAAACUGAAGUCAGAACAAGAUGGCAUCUCCAAAACCCACAAGCUGUUGAGAAGGACUUGCUCCAGCACAGUUAAGGCAGAGGAUGUGUGUGCCACAAAAUCUCACAGAACCUUUGGCCGUUCAUUGUCUAGUGACCCCAGGGCCGAACAGACAAUGGCUAUUAAAUCGCACAAACUCUUGAACCGUUCUUGCUCUGCAGCUGUCAAGCAGGAUGAGUGCAUCACUUUAAAGCCCCAUAAGUUAUUAAGUAGGUCAUGUUCUGGGGAUCCUCGAUGUGAGCACAACAGCACCUUGAAGCCCCACAGACUUUUAAGCAGGUCUUACUCCAGUAAUCUUAGAAUGGAAGAACUGGAUGGAUUGAAGAAUCACAAAUUACUCAGCAAGACCUACUCCAAUGCCCCUAAAUCAUCCAAAAUGGAGCCUUUCAAGGAGUCCAACAUAGCAGAGGGCAGGCGGCUCUCUCUUACCUCAGGGCUUAUUGGUAUCUUAACACCAUCUUCAUCAUCACCUUCACAAGCUGCUCAAAACUAUGGUGCAAAAUGCGUUCCGGUACGAGACCGUGGAUUUCUUGUGCAGACUAUUGAAUUUGCUGAGCAGCGGAUACCAGUAUUGAAUGAAUACUGUGUAGUUUGCGAUGAACCCCAUGUGUUCCAGAAUGGCCCUAUGCUGAGGCCCACCGUUUGUGAACGGGAGCUCUGUGUAUUUGCUUUCCAAACAUUAGGAGUAAUGAAUGAAGCUGCUGAUGAAAUUGCAACUGGAGCUCAGGUAGUUGAUCUGUUAGUAUCCAUGUGUCGGUCUGCAUUAGAGUCACCUAGGAAAGUUGUUAUUUUUGAGCCAUAUCCUUCUGUAGUUGAUCCUAAUGAUCCUCAGAUGCUGGCCUUUAACCCCAGGAAGAAGAAUUAUGACCGAGUCAUGAAAGCGUUGGAUAGUAUAACUUCUAUUAGAGAGAUGACACAGGCACCUUACUUGGAAAUAAAGAAGCAGAUGGAUAAACAAGACCCACUUGCACAUCCUCUUCUGCAAUGGGUUAUUUCUAGUAACAGAUCGCAUAUUGUGAAGCUACCAGUGAAUAGGCAACUAAAGUUUAUGCACACUCCCCACCAGUUCCUUCUUCUCAGCAGUCCACCAGCCAAAGAAUCCAAUUUCCGAGCUGCUAAAAACCUUUAUGGAAGUACCUUUGCAUUUCAUGGUUCACACAUUGAAAAUUGGCAUUCCAUCCUGAGAAACGGCUUAGUUGUUGCUUCCAAUACGAGGUUGCAGCUCCAUGGUGCAAUGUUUGGAAGUGGAAUCUACCUUAGUCCAUUGUCAAGCAUAUCAUUUGGUUACUCAGGGAUGAACAAGAAGCAGCAGAAGGUGUCAGCUAAAGAUGAGCCAGCUUCAAGCAGUAAGGGCAGCAAUGCAUCACAGUCACAGAAGAAAGGACAACAGUCACAAUUUUUGCAAAGCCGUAACUUAAAAUGCAUAGCCUUAUGUGAAGUGAUAACCUCAUCCGAUCUGCACAAACAUGGAGAGAUUUGGGUAGUUCCCAACACAGAUCACGUGUGUACAAGGUUUUUCUUUGUAUUUCAGCCCUGCAAGAAGAGUCACGCAAACCAAUGGAGAAGCACACAGACUCCAGAUUCGCCAGUGUUGGAGUUACGAAGAUGGUCAAGUGGGUGAUACAAGUAUAAAUACACAGGAACCGAGCAUUCAUAAAGAGAUUCUUCGAGUCAUUGGCAAUCAAACUGCUACUGGUUAAAAGGACCACUCUUAUUUAAUUGAUGUGGUUUGGAAGCCUUCCUCAGUCUCAAAGCUGGAUUUUGAACUGAAGAAGAUGCAAAAAAAACCCUAAUUUAUUAUUAUUAUUCUAAGCAAAUUAACCCUUUGAAUACUUACUGUUUUCUUACUUAGUAUUUCUUAUCAAAAUACCUGAGAUGGUAUGAAUUAACAACUGUAGGGGUGCAAAGUCUAUUAACAUACUACAACUAACAAUAAUUAAACAGGCAUUUGGGUUGCUCACAAUAAACAGACUUCAAAAAAAGGAGUUUUGUGCUGAUAUUUUUAUAUUAAAUUCUUCAAUUGGAGGUUUUAAUACUGUAUACUGGUAUUUUAAAUUUAGAAUGACUGAAUUAUGUGCAAGCGAGAAGAUUUUAUAGCGGAGAACUUGUAUUAUACAGGAUACUUUGCAAUAAGUAAAAUAUUCUCAUAUUCAAACACAAUAAAGGCUUGUCUGGAACAUUUCAAAUCAAAGGGAUUGGUUACCUGCAGCUAUCUUCAAUUUGUUUUAUUUUACACAGGUGCUGCUAGGGUUUACAGUCAAAGGUUAAAACAAUGCAGUUUUGGCAUAAUGAGUGAAACAAAGAAGACUAAUGACUCUGAUGAUGUACGUUUAGUUUUCUUUAUCCUUGCUGGAAACACUGUCAAAUCCACUCAGCAGCUCAGUUAAAAUUUUUAAUUAAACAAGCUUAGCAAACAUCUAGAAAUCCAGAAGCUGUUAACUUUCUUCUUACAAAUUUGUUUUUUGUAUACUAGAUUUUAUAGUUUCUUCAAGUAACAAGGUUCUUUAGCUUUUCCAUCUUGACAUCUGUGAGAUUGCUUUGUGGUUAAAUUUAGCCAAAAAGGUAAAAGUACCUGCUAAAUUAGAGCUUUAACAUGAUUGAGUUAAUUGUUGUUGCUACGUCAGAAAACAUAAACACAACAUUUACUGAUAUCAUCAAGUGAAAGUCUUUUUAUUAAUUUAUUCCUAAGGGAAAACAAACCAAUUCACAUCUUUGGUGUUUGAACUAGCAGCUACUAUUUCCAAGUAAGCAUAAUGGCAGCUUGGGUAGGGGCCUAGUCUCCAAAGCAUAAAGCAUAUCCUGUGCCCUGGGCACCUCUCAUAGUAGCUAUCCCGCAGCAUCACACCUUAAAUAUGGAAAGCAGUUCAACUUGCCUAUCUGUGCUCUGGGAAAGGGCACCUCAGAAAGUUGAAAUAGUCUGAAUCCUCUACUCUCUUAAGUUCUUUGUAAAUAGCAGUGCAACUGAGGACCAGCUGCUGUUUUUCUUUUAUAUAGAACUGCAUUAAGUAGAUUAUGUUCACAUUUACUAAUGACUCCUUUAUUCUUUAUUUACUCCUCCCUUACUCCUUGGUGGAAUUGAAAUGCCCUUCAUGUAAAAUGGUAUUGUUGGACAUACCUGGAGAUGUUGGGUUUUUUUUGUGUGUUCCAGACUUACUUGCUGUGGACCUCAGUUUUUCUGGGUUCAUAUCCAGACUUUUCAACUCAAUUCUGUUUUCAGAGCCCUAUUUUGUUCUUGAAUUUUUGCUCUUUGACAUUUACCCUCAUUUGUCAGAACUCUCAUUUGAGAACCAGUGCCUUGUUAUUUUUUAUGUUGGGACACUGGUUAACUUCUUGAAACAAAGAGAAUUCCUGAAAUAUUUCAGCCUAUAUAAGGACUGCAUUAGUUUGAGUAGCUGCACAAAAUCUGCAUAGUUCAGAAGUGGUACUGAAAACCUGGAGUGCCCAUCCUUCCAUAGUUUGUCCUGCUAUGUCCAAAUCACUCUCUUUUUGCAGAAAGAGACUAGAAAGUCCUAAAAGACGUCUUGCAUUGACUUGUUUGGCUUAUAGUUUCCCAGUAUGAGAGGCCUCCUCAAAAAACUAGGGAAGAAUGAAUUAUAACUAUGCAUGAACUGGAGAAGCCAAAUAAGCAGACAUCUUAGUUCUCUGAAGCUGCAGCAGAGUCACAAGUGAACCCCUUUAGAAGAAGCUGAGAGGUGUUGCUUUAGAAACUAGAGUGUGGCUACAGCAGUGUAUUAGCCUUGCUUUGCACAGUGAUGUCAUGUUGCAUGCCUUUUUUUUUUUUUUUUUUUUUUGGCAUUUUAAGUACAGUCCUUGAAAAGGGGAGAAAAAACAUACAUCUACCAAAUUUUAAGACUACUCAAAAUAUUGUUGUAUAUGGAGAGAGAAAGGGAAAGUGUGAAGGAAAGCAGAACUCAGAAGUGUAUGAGGAGACCUUGCUGUUGUUGUAGAGUGGCAACAGUACUUCAGGGAGCAUUGAGGGAAGUGGCUGCAGUCUGGGGACAACAAAAGAUGACCAUGAGUAAAACAUAAUAUGAUGAGUAUAGGCAUUACAAAUCACUAACAGAUACCAUUAUCAGUUCAAAUCCCCCCAUUUGUGUGGUGGGGAAAAGGGAUGGGGCUAAUAGAGCAGUUAUUACGCCUGGGGGAACUGGACCAUCUGGAAAGGUGGCAGGGCAGUGGGACACUCCAAGGAGUCAAGCCCAGUAUCGCAAGCAAAGCAAUGGAAUUAAAUAACAGUUCAGUUGCCACACAGUAACUCAGUCAAUUUUUUAAUUAGCCAGAAUGGGAAACCUCUUGGUGUUACUUGAUCUGCAGGUGAAGAUAAGUCUUCAGAUUGUUCUCCUAGAGAAGUGUUUGUUCUUACUGUUUUUUUUUAAAGAUUAAGGAGAAAAGAGGUGUUCUGCAUGGACUUGUUAGUCAAAGAUAGAUAGCUUUUCUGUAGCAAACUUCAAAAUUGAAACAAAUAAUAAUUGAAACAAAUAUAAACUUUUCACAAAUAGCUUUUAAUCGCAGAGAAAAGAGAGCCCCGGACUCUAUUACUCUUCUUGGUAGAAAUCUCCAUGAAGCUGUAUCUAUCUAGCUGUGACUGUGUCCAGCGUGGAGCAACUGAGGGAGUUCUUAGGAUGGAACUUUCUAACUUAUUUCUACAUCCCCCACCAAAUUACAAACCCACAUAUAUGAGGGUUUGAUGGAGAAAUUAUGUUAAUACCUUAAUGUUGCACCCUAAUUAGAAAUCAACAUAUUUGUACUUCUGUAAGUAUUUUAAACAUUGAGAAAGGAAUCAAAAAAGAUGCUUUUAAACCUUUCUUGAAAUUCAGUAUUUAGCAUUCAAGGGGUUAAGCAAUUUGGGUUAUUUUCUUAUAUGAUCAGCAUAACGAUUUUCCUCAGCAGUGCUAAACUGUUUUGAUCACCUAAGUAUUUGGCUCUGCAUUACUAAUCAUAUAAUAGCCAAUUUGUAUGAUAUUCUGCUUAAUGUUUUAGAGGAACUAGUUGAUCGCAACAGAAUUGUUUAUGCUUGUGUUUUCUCUAAAGCCCUUGAAAAACUGUUACUGAUGCUGUAUAAUUUUAAUAUUAUAGCUGUUGGUACUAAAACUGCAUCUAUUGAAUAAUGCUAAGAUUAUGCUUUUGUUAAUACAAACAGAAGACCACUUCCAAAUGAAGACUUUGGGCUUAGAUUAGUUAUACUAUGUUUAUAAAUCAUUUUCUACUUUGGAAAUAUUUAACAUACUUUCAACAUUGAGAACAAAGUGAAAAAAAAAAUGCAUCAACCAAAACAAAGAGAAUCAUGAUUUAAAAAGAAACUAAAAAACAAGUAUAGAAAGAGUGUACAGUGACUUUAGCACUGUAUUAACUAAAAUGGAUUUCUUCUUGGUUGUAGAAGAUAAAAGUCAAAUAAAAAGAGUACUUGUUAUGACUGAUAGGGUCAGUCAGAGCAAAAGCACUCUGUAAUCUUAGCAUUUUCAAAGCAUGCAGGUUUGGGGUCUGACCCUGCAUUGUGCUAAACACCCACUGCAGGUGCUGGGGGUUAGGCCCUUGAACAAAUGUAGGUAUCUUUUGUACAUGUCAUUCCUGGCUCUCGUGGUAAGUGUUUUACAGGCUUCUGAUGCCAAGGCCUGUGGCAGCUGGCAUCAGCAUGCGAGCUCCAUGCUUGGAUGGGCCUUGGCCUGGCUUCUUUUGCUGCCCGCGGGUGGGGGCAGCAGCGGAGGCCUCGGUGGUGAGGGUGGAAGGGAGAAAGAGCAGGAGAGGUCCCAGCAGUCAGGGCUGAGCCUCGCCAUGGCCUCACAGGGCCUACGCUUGUGUCGUGGGGGGUGGCAGGAUGCAGUGCUGUGCAAAACUGCAGUGUGCAAACCGCAGUGUGGGUCAGGUGUCCUACUGGCCUCAUUGUAAGUGCUACCAUAAGGGGAAAAAUGGGCCCAUGGGUUAAUCGCAGCAAAGCCAUUAGUUGGCAGAGCAGAUAAAACAAGCGUAGUGCUGAAAGUGGUUUGAAAAGUAUCUCAAGUCCAGUCAGCCAGGGCUGUAAUAAUAACCAAAUUUAUUCCUUAAAGCACUGAGGAGUAGAGGUAAGCUCAUACCUCAGAGGGGAUAAAUAAAUAAAAUUUAAAGCAAGGCAGCUCUCUGCACGCGCAGUGUCACGUACAAUGCACGAGGCUGUCUGUCACAAGGGGAUCGAAUCUCUGGAUUCGGCUUAGGACACUUUGGGUGUGAAGUGCGGGGCUCCACCGCCUCAUCAUGGGGCCAGUUCUGGCCGCCUCCCAGCAGCAGCCGCUGCCAUGAGCGGGUGAGUGAAAUACCGAGCUGCUCCCUGGCGUGAGGAAUGCCGUAUGCAUUGGGUGUUCCUGGUCUGCCAGGGAAUGGCAAUGAUGUAUAUUACAGCCCAUUACACUUUGCAUUGGGGUUUUGUAUGAUAUACUAGGCAUAAGAUUUUUGUAAUGAGAAAACAAAAUAGAAUUAAAGUAGUAGUUAGUUCAACGUAUCUAAUGUGUGAAAAAGCUGUUGAAAAGUAGAUUACAAUAAGUGUUUACCAGCAAGUCAGUAAAAAUAGUCCUUAUACACAUAUAAUUUAAUGUUCUAAAGAUAAUUUUAUAUUUACCCAAUAUGUAUUGUAUCUUUGAAUUUUAAGAAGCAUCCACUCCUUUCUGUAAACAUAAAAUAUGCCUAUGUUUCUUUUAACUCUACAACAUUUUUUUCUCUGAAUAAAUAUAUUAAAUUCUGUGCACAAAAUAGUACCGCUGCCUGCUAUUUAGCCUAUGGUGCCUUAGAGUUACUACAAAUAUUUAACAAAAUGUACAUAAUGUAAAUACUGCCAGAAGAUCACUAAGGCCAAAUAUUUUCUCUAUUCACUUUUUACUGCACUUGCUUUCUAUUGCUAUUUAAGCCUCUUUUAUCCAGAUUUGUAACAGUUAUAACAUUGUAGCCAAUGUAAAUGUUUACUUUCAAUAAAUCAGAAUUUGUUCAAUAA